AUGAGUGCAUUUCUAAAUCUCUUAUCCCGAACGACAUCCAUACAUACAUCUCCAUCCGCUUGGUCAGCAGAAGCAAACGCUCGAUAUGACAGGUUCAAUAUAUCUUCAACGAGCGACUCGACCUACUGCUAUGAAUACAUCUACGGCAUCACAGCGGAGGUGACCGCAUUCAUUCAACACACCUCCGAAUUAGCCGAAUAUCUAGGUUUUUACCGGCAGCAUCAGGCUCCACCACCCGACGACCUCCUGGAGGCCUGCGAAUCCCUCGGUGAUCGACUCCUAGCAUGGUCCCUCGACAUUGACAAAGUCGCCUCUUUUUCUGGCCAGGGUGCGACAAUGUUGAGGAUCUUCGAACUGCACGCAUACGCUUGGUACCACGGUGCCGUUAUCUACUAUCUGUCCCGCAUCCAGUACUGUAGACCGGAAGACCUGGCUGACGAGACCGCUUCGGUUGCCGCAUAUUUGCAUUCUGCCGAAGACCUCAAAUAUGGAUUUUAA